AUGCGGUCCAUUCUACGCUCGACCGCUCUGCGGAGCGCCACGAGGGCGUCAAGAGCUCUUCCGACAUGCUACGCCGCGCGCCACUACAGCAUCAGGACCCAGGCGGCAUCUGCGUCGGCGCAGGCUCCCCUCGAUGCCUCCAAACUGCAGGUCACCCAGACCACCAAGCCCAAGACCUUCAGCAAGCCUGAGGACCUCGUUUUUGGCAGGGAGUUCACAGAUCACAUGCUCACCAUCGAGUGGACCGAGAGCGAAGGCUGGCUGGAGCCCAAGAUCGUCCCGUACCAGAACCUCUCCCUCGACCCGGCGACAUGCGUUUUCCACUACGCCUUUGAGUGCUUCGAGGGCAUGAAGGCCUACAAAGAUAAAGAGGGCAGCGUGCGCCUGUUCCGUCCGGACAAGAACAUGGCCCGCCUCAACAAGUCGAGCGCCCGCAUUGCGCUGCCCACCUUUGAGCCCUCCGCCUUCACAGAGCUCAUCUCCAAGUUUGCCAACCUGGAGAAGGACUCCAUCCCCAACCAGCGCGGCUACUCGCUGUACCUGCGCCCCACCAUGAUCGGCACGCAAAAGACCCUCGGCGUUGGCCCUCCGGGCUCGGCGCUGCUCUAUGUCAUCGCCUCGCCCGUCGGGCCCUACUACCCCACGGGCUUCAAGGCCGUGUCGCUCGAGGCGACCGACUAUGCCGUGCGCGCGUGGCCCGGCGGUGUCGGCGACAAGAAGCUCGGCGCCAACUACGCGCCCUGCAUUGUCCCCCAGCUCGAGGCUGCCAGCCGCGGCUUCCAGCAGAACCUGUGGCUGUUUGGCGAGGAGCAGUACGUCACUGAGGUCGGCACCAUGAACAUGUUUGCGGUCAUCAAGGACAAGGCCACCGGUCAGAAGGAGCUCGUCACCGCGCCCCUGGACGGCACCAUUCUCGAGGGCGUCACACGCGACUCCGUCCUCGCCCUGGCGCGCGAGCGUCUUGUGCCCGAGGGCUGGAAGGUCAGCGAGCGCAAGUACACCAUCAAGGAGCUUGCCGAUGCUGAUAAGGAGGGCCGCCUUGUUGAGGCCUUUGGCGCUGGUACGGCCGCCAUUGUCAGCCCCAUCCGCAAGAUCUCAUGGAAGGGCGAGAUGAUCAACUGCGGACUGAAGGAGACGGAGGAGUCUGGCGAGAUUGCGUUGAGGAUGAAGACCUGGAUGGAGAACAUUCAGUAUGGUGAUGAGGAGCACGAGUGGAGCUACAGGACCCAGGCGUAA